AUGAAGGCAUGGGCUAUGAUCAACAAAUCCGGCGAUGAUAAGGUGUUUGUUUCUAGAAACGUCGAAUCUCUGCCGUCUUUUGAGAGACCAAUUUGCAAAGAUUCUAGUAGACUCAAUGGAAUAUUCUGGGAUGUGAUGAAGAAGAUUCCUUUAAAGCCGGCGGCGACGCAUCCAUUGCCGACCAAUAGAGUGAGAGCUUCGUUCAUCCUCCGCCAAUCCGACACCAAAAACCUCAAGAAUCUGAUCUUCUCGGCGAGGCCAAACAUAGACCGAGUCUCCACUUUUGUGGUUGCGGCGGCCUAUGUCUGGACCACCUUGGCGAAAUCCUUGGGUCCCGCUGGAGAUGAAAAUGAGGUUUUGAUCAUUGGGGCCGAUGCCAGGGGCCGGAGGAACGCGCUGUUUGAUCCACCAGUGGCGGUGAAUUACUUCGGGAAUUUGUUAGGUGGCGGGGUGGCGAGAGUCGAGCAUCGGAAGUUGGCGGCGGAGGAUGGAUUUUUUGCGGCGGCAGAGGCUAUUGUUGAUGAGAUGAAGGCGAAAAUCUACGACGGAGAUGAGUUUCUAAAAAGCCCGGAAAAUCUGUUGACGGAGAUGCCCAAGUAUAGGAACAUGAGGGCUUUGGCGAUGGUAGGUUCCCCCAAGUUGGAUUUCACCGAGGCGGAUUUCGGAUGGGGGGAGGCAGAGAAGGUGGAGGUUCUGUCGUUGGACGGCGGGGGAUAUUCGGUGUCGUUAUCAAACUCCGGCGACGGCGAUUUGGUCGUCGGUAUGUCGUUGACCAAGGAGGAGAUGGAGGCUUUUGCUUCUAUGUUUGCAACUGGUCUCUACAUGUGA